CAUCACCUACCCUCACUCUGCAACGUCUAAUAAUUAAACAAAAACCCACUAGCCCACAGAAAGCCUUAACUCUGUUUUCACUUUCUUUCUACUAAAAACGAAAAAUAUCUCUCCCCUCUGUUACCGGCACUUCUGUGUUUCCGGUAACUUUCCGUUACAAAUUACAUCUCUUUCUCCUCCAGUUAUAAACGCUCUGCAGAUGCAGGCUUCUCUCCCUCGCUAAUUAGUGUCGGUUCAGUUGAUUUAACAUAUAUGGGUUUGGAGGACGGAGAAAUGUCUCAUGGAGACCCUGGCUCGAUACCCCAGCAAUCCUCCAAUUCUCUCCUUCAAAACACCCGCUGUUGCUUCUGUUUCGGUUCCCGCCGAUCUUCCGGCGUCGGCUUGGUCUGGUGGGAGCGAAUCCGAUCUUCAAGAACACAUAUUGAUGAUAAGCCAUGGUGGUCCAUGGGCGUCAGAGCCCUGAAGAAGAUUCGAGAGUGGUCGGAGAUUGUCGCUGGCCCUAGGUGGAAGACUUUUAUCCGGCGAUUUAAUAGAAGAGGUAGUGGAAAUAGUAGGCACGGAAAGUUUCAAUAUGAUCCUUUGAGUUAUGCUUUGAAUUUCGACGAAGGCCCUGGACAGAACGGUAAUUUGGACGAAGAUGACGACUACGGCGGCUUUCGCGACUUCUCUUCCCGGUAUGCUUCUAUUUCCGGCUCCGGUAAGCCAUUGGCUAUGGACGCUUCUCGUGAUAAGGACGUGGCGGUGAUAGCGUAAAGGGGAAAUAACAAAGUUGCGCCUUGUCUGCUACUUUGCGCCGGUAUGCGUUUGAUAACAGCUGGAGUAUUGACUUGGUGACGCAAUGUGGCGGCGUUAAUUUUACUUAUCAGUCAAAUUUUUGAUGAAUUUUUUUUUAAGAAAUUCCCAAUAAUACAUAUAUAUAAUUAUAUAUUGUUGUAGAGCUUAUUUGUGUGAGUAUUUGGUGUUAGCGUGUUCAUGUUACUGUUAGAUAGAGAUGACGGUGAGGAUUUGCGUGUAGGAUUAAAACGGAGUUGUUGUUGGUUGGUAAUUGGAUGUUCUUUUAUUAUUUUUUUUUUAAAAGGGUAGAGCUCAUAUGUAUAGAUGAUGGUUGUAAUUUAUGUAAAACAGUGAAAUUUGUUUCUUCUUUAA